AUGCCUCCAGUUAUAUCAGACGAAUCGGAUUCCGAUAAAGAAAUGGACGACUUAUCAGUCCUUGACGACUUACAAGAUGAAGAAGAAGAAAUUGCUGGGAUCUCAGAAGAGGAAGAUUAUAAUUUAGAAGAUCCUGAUGAAAUUGAUGAUGACCUUGAAUUAAAAGAAGAUGACGAUGAACCUAUUGUACCCGUGUCAUAUUCCAAACAACCACCACGAUCUAAACGUAGAGUGACAUAUUAUGAAGAAGAUGAAAUGAAUGAUGAAAACGAAGAAGAAGACGAAGUCAAUGAAAGUGAUAUUUUAGAGAAUACCCCAGAAACUACUAUAAUAAAGAAUCAAAGACCUGAAGAUUUGGAUCCAGAUUUGAUUUUAACUGAUGAAGAAACUGAAUAUAAUCCAGAGAAUCAUCAAAACAGAUUAACGGAAAGACAAAGAAAAGCACAAGAUUCCAAUUUCAUAGAAUUAGGCAAUGGUAAGAAACAAAAACUUAAAAAGGAAACAGAAGAAGAAGCAGCUGUAAGGAAGGCUGAAAACGCAAGAAGACGUAAUGAUUAUAAGAAUAAACAAUUAGAAGAAGAAAAAAGAGAUACUUUGAAUAAGUUAUUAAAAAGAAGAGCUACUAAAGUUAGAGAUAUUGAAGAAGAGAAUAAAGAUGAUAAACACCUUUUAAAACCUCGUAGACCUGUGAGAGGUCAUCCAGCAUUGUCCAGAUAUAUUAAUAACACCACUCAAUUGAAUGGAAAUAGUACAUUGAGUUAUAAUGUUUAG